AUGGCCUCCUACCCGCUCAAGACAUUCGUCUUGCGACGACCCGUCACCGGCGUCAUCUGCUCUUCGCCGAAAGCUCCCUUCUCGACCUUUCCCGCCGGCGCCGGACCUGUCUCGUGCCUCGCCCGCUCGCCGCUCCGAAAGCAAUGCCUCGCCCCCGUCGUCUCCGUCCCAAAGGCCUUUGCCCGCGCCGCCAGCUCGGGUAAGCCCGACCUAGCCUCGGCCGCGCAGCAGUCCCUCAACGCCACGCCGGGACAGAACAACGCCCACGACUUUGCGCAGGAUCCCCAUCACGCCCUCGACUGGAACAGCUUCUUCAAGCUCCGCCUCAAGCGCCGCCGGUACCAGCUCCUCUUCUCCAUCACCAACGGCAUGUUCUGCGGCGGCGCCGGCGCCGUGGUCCUCUCUACGGGCGUCGCCGAGCCCAUCAUCACCCAGAUCCCCCUCGACCCCUUCAUGACGCUGGGCAUCAUGACGUUCGCCUUUUCUGGUCUUGGUUGGUUGAUCGGCCCCAGCAUCGGCAACCAGUUCUUCUACGCCUUGAACCACAAGUGGAAGAAGCAGAUGACGGAGAAGGAGGCCGAGUUCUUUGAGCGCAUCAAGAAGCACCGGGUUGACCCCACCAACUCGAGCGCUGCCAACCCUGUUCCCGACUUUUACGGCGAAAAGAUCCAGAGCGUCGCUGGCUACCGACAAUGGCUAAAAGAUCAAAAGGCUUUCAACAAGAAGAAGACUGCCAACUUUGUGUAA